AUGGAAGAUCAGGGUGAAAUUACUAACCAGAUCCUUAACAUCCUACAAGAAAUAAGAAGUGAUCUUAAAGAGGUAAAGGAAUCUCUAGCCACACAGAGGAAUAGGAUAGACGACAUAGACUCUAGAAUAAAGGACCUGGACACAGAAAACGCCGAUUUGAAGCAACAGGUUGUUGUUCUUCGAAGAAAGGAACUGAAGAAUAACAUAAUAUUAUUCGGACUUGAGGAAACACAGAACGAAGAUUUGCUAAAGGACAUGAUAGCAUUCUUGCAUUCAAAUCUUGCAGCUACGAUCACUGAGACAGACAUUAAUAACAUCUAUCGAAUCGGAAUAGCAAACAGCAACACACCGAGGCCAGUCAAGUUAGAAUUAGUUAGGAACAUCGUUAAACAAAAAAUAAUAAAGAGCGCAUAUAAACUUAAAGGCACAAAUAUAGCCAUUGCGGCGGAUUUGAUACCUGAGGAUAAUCAGUUGCAAAAAAUUCUACGUAAACACUUGAAGAUAGCCAGUGGGCAGAAACAGUCAGCAAAAAUACAUAAAAAUAAGCUUCUAGUUAAUGGUGUUGCUUAUAGUGCCGAGGAAUUAGAACUGGAAGAAUAUAUUUCGGAACAAGAAGAAGAGGCAAAGACAGCAGAAACGCAAGAGACACCUUCACAUGACAAAAAAGCAACUCUAGAGAAAUCCGUGGAACCGAAACAAUCAUCUACUACGGCUACUGCGAUAGUCUUCACAAGGUCGAAGCGACUGGAAAAUAAGGUACAAGGUGAAAAAGUAUUAAUCCCGCCUUCAAAAAGAGCGAGAAAUCAAUGA